AUGGAGGAUGCUAUAGCACUUGGAAUCAUCCAAGGUGCUGUCUCAGACACCAUUUUCCCGAGGAUAGCAAAUGAAGAGAUUGCAAAUGGAGCUUGGGAAGUUUUACAGCAAGAGCACAUAGGAGACACCAAAGUUAGAAAGGUAAAACUUCAAUCCCUUAGAAGAGAUUUCGAGUAUAUAAGAAUGAGGGAAAAUGAGCUGUUGAAAGAUUACUUUACUAGGCUAUUUGAUGUUGUAAAUAAGAUGAAAACACAUGGUGAGGAAUUGCCUAAUGAGAAAGUUGUCCAGAAACUAUUGAUCAGUUUGACUAAGCCAUAUGAUUCAAUAGCGAGUGUCAUUAAAGAAACCAAAGACAUUGAAACUCUUAGUGUGCAAGAUGUAAUGGCAUUCUUAAGAGCUUUUGACCAAAGGCUUGAGAGGCAUGAAAGCAAUUCAAUCACUCUCUAUUGGAUCUAG